CGCCCCCAGCAGGCCACGCCUCUUCAAGAUGGCGUCGGCCGAGCCCGCGCGGUUCUUCUGCACGGCGGGCCGCGGGCUGGAGCCCUUCCUGGCGCGGGAGGUGCGGGCGCGGCUCGGCGCCACCGAGGUGGACUGCGUCUCGGGAAAAGUGUUCUUCAGGGCGGCGGCGGGGCCCGGAGAGCUGCGGCAGCUGCGGUCGGGGGAGCGCCUGUUCUUGCUGCUGAAGAAGCACAGCCCGCUGCCAGUGUCCGGGAACAGAGGGAAAAUGCUUCAUGAGAUUAAAAGCCUUGUCAUUGAGAACCCAAAAUACUGGCUGGAUAUUAUCUCUGUUUGGAGAAAGCUUCAUGGACUGGAGGGGAAAACAGAUGAUGGCUCUCAAGAAAACACAUUGGCUCUGAAGAGAAAGUCAGAAGAAGAGACAAAUACUGCAAGUAAAAGGCAGAAAACGGAACAAGUGAGGGCAAUUGUGUCUGAGGAGUGUCAGGUGGGAGCUGGAGAGACCUGUGAGGCACCAGACAGAAUGAGCAGGCAGGAGUGCUGGCCUGAGAGCAGGACUUGCUCAGAAUUGCCUUCCAGAGGCAGUGGAGAGGAUCCUGCUGCCAGUGAGGAGCUUAGCUUCAGCUUCAGAGUGUCAUGUCGCUGCAGUGGAGCGAUUGCCAGAAUACUGACUUCACAGGAGGUCGGAAGAGCCAUUGGCCUGGCGCUGGUGAAGCAGUGCAGGUGGCGUGCUGAUCUGCGGGACCCUGACCUGGAGAUCUUUGUACAUCUUAAUGACAUUCACUCUGUGGUGGGGAUUCCUCUUUUCAGGCUUCCAUUGGCAAACAGAGAGUAUAUCAGAACGGCAGGACUGCGGUCAACAGUGGCAUGGGCCAUGGCAUCUCUGGCUGAAAUCAGGUGCCUGUGGACGGGGUCUGCCAUGCCUGUGAUGAGUGUGCUGUCACCUGCAGUUCAGCCAGGUGUCUGCUGUAACUCCAGGGGCUUCUCAACAGAGCUGGUAAUCCCUGUACAGGCUGGUGGCCUUGUGCUGGAUCCCAUGUGUGGGCUAGGAACCAUCCUGCUGGAGGCUGCCAAGGAGUGGCCUGAAGCCUGUUACUGGGGUGCUGAUAUAAGUGACUCGCAGUUAGAGGGUGCAGAUGGCAAUAUCAGAGCUGCAGGCCUGGUGGAUAAGAUUGAGCUGCUGAAAGCUUCUGUGAAAGCGCUGCCAUUGCCUUCAGACAGCUUUGACAGCGUUAUUUCGGAUAUUCCGUUUGGGAAGAAGUUCAAGACCACGAGUGAUGCCCAGCUCCUACCAGAUCUUCUCCAUGAAAUGGAGAGAGUGCUUCGUGUAGGAGGGACCCUGGUGUUGCUGCUGAGCCAGGAGCUCUGCAGACGCAUGGAUGGUUUGACCAGGUGUGCUGGAGGUGACCCUGCUGAGGCCUCUGCUGAUGGUGACAGUGGAGCAGCCCCUGCACAAGCCAUGGAUGGUUUGACCAGGUGUGCUGGAGGUGGCCCUGCUGAGGCCUCUGCUGAUGGUGACAGUGGAGCAGCCCCUGCACAAGCCAUGGAUGGUUUGACCAGGUGUGCUGGAGGUGGCCCUGCUGAGGCCUCUGCUGAUGGUGACAGUGGAGCAGCCCCUGCACAAGCCAUGGAUGGUUUGACCAGGUGUGCUGGAGGUGACCCUGCUGAGGCCUCUGCUGAUGGUGACAGUGGAGCAGCCCUGAGUGUGGAUGGGAAUUCCUCCUCCUUGGCCCAGGGGGGUGGAGAACCCGUUCUCAGCAGACAUUUCAGUUCUCUGCUGCCAGAGGGUGUCUAUGCCAUUAGCCUGGGCAAGACUGAUGCUUUCAUACACAAAUACAGGAAGGUGUCUGCUGCUGGGAGCAGCAGAACUGGGACUGGGAGCUGUCCCAGUACUGGGACACUCCCUGGAACUGGGAGCUCUCUGGCCCUGUGCUGAAGGGAACUUGAAUGCUUCAGGAGCAGCAGGGCAGGACUCGGUGGGGCUCUGCUGAUGCAAAGACACCCACUGCCAUCCCUUAGAUAGCCUCACGUUCUUGGGAUGUCCUAAGGCACUGUGCUGUUGUGUCUCUGGUUUUUAGGAGGGGUGGAAGAUGCUGAUUCUACUGUAUUGGAUACAGUGAAAGAGGAUACAGUGUAUUGUAAAGUGGCAGAGUCCUCCAGUCCUUGUUUAGGCAAAGCUGCUCGGUGUUGGGAGGAGUUUCUGUAGGAGAGAAAGUCUUGAUUUGCAGAACUGCAAACCCAGAUGUGGCAGCCCAUGAUCUUUGGGCUGUGCACUCCAGCUGUUCAUUUUAAAGUAAUAUUUAAGCUACAGCUUUGUCUAUUCUAACUAUUCUUAGUGUUCAGGUUGUUCUUAGGUGGAGGAUAGGUGGUCCCCCUGAGAUGCUGAGCAGGGAGGCCAGAAGGAGAAGAAGUAGCACUGACAGCUGGAGUUGCAGCCAGUCCCA